AUGGAGGAGGAAGAGAAUAACCAGCUGGCAUUCCUUGAUGUCCUCGUCUGUCGCACAGAUUGUGGUGGCCUAAAGACCAAAGCGUUCAAAAAAGCAACGAACACGACGCAAAUUCUGAAUUUCAACAGUAACCCCCCAAUCAGCCACAAACGCAGUUGCGUAAGAACGCUAUUUCGGCGUGUUGAGACGCACUGCAGUGAACCGGAAGACAAGGCUGCCGAAUUCCAAUAUCUUCGACGGGUUUUCCGAGAAAACGGUUACCCGCGCAUCUUCGUCAACCAGUGCUUGCGCAAACGAGACGAGCGACAAAAUCGCGCCGACCCCAAAUUCUGGCGAGCGAUCCCGUACAUCAAGAACGUCUCCGAGGCCGUUAGCAGCCUUCUUGCACCACUUGGGGUUGGAGUUGCGCACAGACCGGAGGCCACCAUGAGGCGUCAAGUGAUGAGACCAAAAGACCCACUGCCACGACAAGAAACAUCUGGAGUCGUUUACCGGAUCUGGUGCAGUUGCGGACAAAGCAACUACGUCGGAGAAACUGGAAGACUGCUCCGGACUCGAAUCGCUGAAAACGUGGCAGCUGUACGGAGAAAUGACGCCAACUCUCAGGUCGCGGCCCAUUCGACGAGACCCGGCCACACAUUCAAGUUCGAUGAGGCCAAAAUUCUCGCAAGAGGGGAUAAUCGCGUUAGCCGCAAGUUGCUUGAGUCAUGGUUCACGGGACCUCAGUCUAUCAACAAGUGCAACGACAUCCCCACUCCAUAUUCUGUCCUGAGGUAUAGACUGGCCAAAGCAAUUGACCACUCGAGGAGCGCGCAAGCACGUGAGCCAGAUGGCCGNUUGAAACUGAAACCUAUCCUACCUUGUGGAAGGAAUCACACAUUUUGCCCAUUCCUAAGCACGGCAAAUCUACAUCAUUUGAUGACUUUCGGCCAAUAAACACCCUCCCUGCAGUUUCGAAGAUCUUAGAGACAUUGAUCAAAGAGAAGAUGAUGUGUCACUUAACAGUGAAUAACUUACUGAGUGCUGCUCAGCAUGGAUUCCUCAAAGCUCGAUCUUGUAACACCUGUCAGCUAUCUUUCUUUGACUAUAUUCUCCAAUCUAGGAACAAUGGUUUUGAACUUUACACUGUAUAUUUCGAUUUCACUAAGGCUUUUGAUAGUGUUGACCAUGCUCUUCUUCUCCUGAAACUGUCCUCUUUCGGAAUAGGUGGCAAACUUUUAAAUUGUAUAACCUCUCACCUGGGCGCUCGUACACAACGAGUCGAUAUUUCCAAUGCUGUCUCCAACCCCACAUGUUUGAGGAGUGGAGUCAUUCAGGGUAGUGAACUCAUCCCUCUUUAAUUUUCCUUUUUGUUAACGCUGUACCCGUUGUAUUGCAUAAUAGUUCGCCCUUCGUGUAUGCCGAUGAUCUUAAAGUUGCAUAUCGAUAUAAGCCGGCAGAUCAUGACAUCGUGCUCGAGCUCCUAAAGAGCGAUCUACAGGCUUUCGCCCAGUGGUGCCGCACAUGGCGCCCUUCUCUUUCUUGGCAUAAGUGCUCAGUCAUGGUGGUUGGCGACGACCACCAACCUCAACUAAAUAUUGAAGGUCACUCCAUAAAUGUGCUCAGGGUUAUAAAGGAUCUGGGCAUAUCAUACUCCAAGAGUCUCAAUCUCUCGGAUCACUGUGUCUUUAUAGUCUCCAAAGCACGCAGAACGACCGGGUUUAUCCUCCGAAACUUUAAAACUAGGGACAUUAGAAUGUGCCUUUUCAACAUGUACGUUAGACCUGGUCUGGAAUAUGGUUCGUUUUUAUUUAGCCUCAUGCGUGCUACUGAGCGGAAGAAAAUAGAAUUCGUUCAACAUUUUUUUACCACGAGAAUUUUAACCCCGGAACACCGACAUUUGUCUUGUCAAGAACGUUGCCGGCUUAAGGGCUUUGAUCCUUUAUGGUUCCGUAGAUUACAAAAGAGACUAUUUUUGCUAUUUAAACUCUUAUAUAAUCACACAUUUAACCCACUCACUUCUUUAAGACAUCAUGUUCACCCCCGACGUAACAGUCACCGUGAGGUCUUCUUAUUUCUGCCUCUGGCACGUACUGUUAAAUAUCGUCGGUUCUAUUCUGUAAAUGCAAUUGCUAUUUGGAAUAAACUACCCAUGAGUGUGAAAACUCUGCAAAAUUAUCCUUUAUUUAAGAGAACUAUUACUGGAUUUUUGCAUUUAGAAAAGCUUCCUCAAAUUUUGGGUUCUGAAUCCAUUGAUCGACUUACCGUAGCGAUGGCGUUUGUGGUCUCUGAACACUAUGGCCGGUCUCACCAGUUGUUCCUCAACGCCUCUACUUUGACUAUCCCCAACUUCAUGAAAGGAAUUGACGUCCGAUGAUCUCCGAUACCGUGCAACCCCCUCCCCCCCUUCUUGACGGUCGAAAAUAUACCGCCAGCAGUUUUUUUUUCUCCUGAACCCUUCAAACCAUAAAAACCAACAUCAACUAUAUUUUUAUUCUUCAGGAGUUUUUUUUACUGCUGGUCGGAUUUGUGUUUAAUCGCUUCCCUUGCCAAUGCCUGUAAACUUGCAUUAAAUAAAAAUUUGUUCAUUUAUUUAUAUGAUUUUGUGCAAUGGAUUCUAAACGGACAUCGUCAGGACAAAAACUGUCGUUAAUGAAGGGGUAAGUAUGAGGGUCAAACAGGAUUGGCCUGCAUGUGGUAGCGUAUAAGGUGUUAUAAACAGGCAUCGUCGGGCAGAAGAAAUUUCACUCCCGAAAGGGUAAGUAUAUGAGUCAUACAGGACUGGCCUGCAUGCGACUGCUUAAAAGAGAUUCGAAACGCACAUCGUAAAGGCAGAGUUCCUAAACCAAAUAAGGCUAUUUGCGUUUAAAUAACGAGGCGAGAGGAACCCAGAGGCGGUCACAGUCCGCUUACAGUCCAGCCGAGGAGGAGGCACGGGAGAUAGGAUCAUGAGAUGUCUUUGCGGAACGAUCAACCUACUAGUAGAUAGCGAAUACAGAGGACCCCGACGCGUGCGUCGACUGACCGCUUGGGCUAGAAAUGAAAUGUCAUAAUGAACCGCGAAAACCAUCGCUGCGGGGUAAAAAUAGUAACAAUGAACUUAGUUGCCAAUUACCAGAGUGUUGUGAAAAUAUAAGUGAGGGUUUCUACUUGAUUUACCACUAAAUCCCAGGGGAUCCUUCUCAAAGUCAAGAAGCUGGGUGUUCGGGAACGAAACGGUCCAUACCGACCUUAUACUUUCUAAUGCAAGUUGCCUGUGCAAUUUCAAUUUGAAUUCCGAUAACCUAGGCAAUGACUUAAGUUUAAGUUGAAGAUUUUCCCAAAGAGAGACAUAUUUGGAUGCAAAAAGGGGAAGCGCUUAGAUUGAGAGCAGAGAGGCGGCGGAAUCACCAUAGAGGAUUUACGCGUGGCCUAAGAGCGAUCUCUCGGGGUGACAGUGUCAAUGCGCCGAAGACUGAAACGAGAGUUAAAGCGAAAAUGGAAGCAAAGGCUAACUUUGAGUCUUCUAACCCCGAAAAACUUAAUGUUCGCCAGCUGACAUCUCUGAGUAUAGGAAAUACCAGAUGCAACUUGAGAGCAGAGUUUCCGAGUGAAAGCUCUCUGGAUAUUUUCGAUCUUAAAGCAGUCGCAGGCUAUCCUUAAACCGAAGAAAGGACAGCAGUUUCCUAGGACAGGAAGAACAAACAUUUGAAGAAGUCUUAGCUCCAUUUCCAGAAGGGAAAGAUGUGCGAUAUGAGCCCACAUAUCUGUGCGGCUUUGGCAGAGAUUCUAUCUGCAUGAAGUGAUAAAGUAAGAUUAUUUCUAUAACUUAAACCUAGGUCCUUUAUGGUGAAGCAUUCUGAGAGUGGGUUAUUUUGAGAAAUUAAAAGACGAGGAAGCUUGACAGGGCCAAAAGACAUGAAAUUACACUUAGACUAUGAAAACUCCAUGUGCCAUGUUGAACGCCAUCUGUUUAAGCGUAGUAAAUCGGCAUUAAUUUUUUCAGCACAAACAUGUAUGGUGCUCUUCGAAUAUGUGUAAACGCAUUUGAAGUCAUCGACAUAAAUAACAGUUUAUGAAUUUCUGCUUUCGGACAAAAUAUCAUUGAUGUAAAGAAGGAAGCGUUGCGGACUCAGAAUCAUGCCCUGUCCGCAGAUUGACCUCCGAUUCGGAGGAUGAUGACGACGAGGACAUAAUGGACCGACAGUCUGAAAUGCGACUAGCUGGUUGCCCGGCGCUACCACGCAUACUUCAGUAAGCAGCAGUAACUCUGACGGUUUGUGGGGCAAGGCUUGACAGAAAUGUAUGUAACCCUUCCCCCGGAUGGGGCAGCAGUCCCAUCGCUUCAGUAAGCAGGUUGGAUAUAUUAUUUUUUUUCACUGCUGGUCGGAUUUAUGUUUAAUCGCUUCCCUUGAAAAUGCCCGUAAACUGGCAUUAAAUAAAAAAUUUAUUUAUUUAUUCCAGACUGCAAACGGAAAAGGAUGCUUCUAGGGCGCGGAGUGACAUUUGAAGGUCAAUGCAGACCGACUUGACAUCUCUACGGUUAGGACUUUAUCUAUGCCGUUUGAUUAAAUUUAUUAAGUAAAACAGUUGACAACAUAGUCCAGAACCAGACGAUCAUUCUUGAGGGGUUACGGCAACAUCGCGCACUCAUGGUUGAGAAGCUUGGGCAAAUACUUCCCUCCGUCGUUGUCAGACAAAGGCCUCCUACACUGCGCUUGCUGCUAUGCACCAAGGCCGCUUACGAGGACCUCGUCGGCAAGCUAAAUGAUGAGGACGAUUUUCGACAGGAAUUGGUAUGUCUUAGCCCUGGAACAUCGCCAUUUGUCUUACCAAGAACGUUGACGCUUACAGGCCUUGAUCCUUUAUGGUUUCGUAGAUUACAAAAGGGACUAUUUUUGCUAUUUUAGUUUUUAUAUAAUCGCAACUUUAACCCACUUACUAAUUUAAGACAUCAUGUUCACCCCCCAACGUAACAGUCACCGUGAGGCCUUUUUAUUUCUUCCCCUGACACCUACUGCUAUAUAUCGUCGGUUCGUUUCUGUAAAUGCAAUUGAUAUUUGGGAUAAACUACCCAGGAGUGUGAAAACUCUGCAAAAUUAUUCUCUAUUUAAGAUAACGUUUACUCGAUUUUUGCAUUCAGGAAAGCUCCCACACAUUUUGGGUGCUGAAUCCAUUGAUCGACUGUACCGUAGCGAUGGCGUUUGUGGUCUCUGAACAUUAUGCCUGGUCUCACCAGGGACAAUUUCUUUGGCCGACAGCGACAGCUGUUCUCCACUACCUCUAUGUUGACUAUCCAUAACUUCAUGAAAGGAAUUGGCGUCUGAUAAUCUCCGAUACCGUGCAACCCCUCCCUUCUUGACAGUCGAAUGUAUGCCGCCAGCAGUUUUUUUCUCCUUAACACUCCAAACCAUAAAAGCCAUUAUCAACUAUAUUUUGAUUCCUUUUCCACAGGAGUUUUUUCCCCUGCUGGCUCGAUUUGUGUUUGACGCUUCUCUGACAAUGCCUGUAAACUAAAAUUUAAUAUAAUAAUAAUAAUUAUUAUUAUUAUUAUCAUUAUUAUUAAAUAUAGAGCUUUAUUUACUCCCAUGUCUUAUAGAUGAAACUACUUGUCCUUGUUGGCGGAAAAAAUAACAAGGGGUUCGUGGGAAUCUCGUCAGCACACUGUUAGGACCAACUCUAUGCCUUAGCUACUGCUGGGGAGGCUCAAUGGGGAAACAGUCCAUUGUUUGUAGUCCUCUAUACGCACGCCUGUGUGGCAAAUUUUCCUCAUUUGUUAGCCGCUCAGACGCCAUUGGCCUGAUCUCUAAGCUUAAUGAUUGAGUCCACGAAAUGGUUCGUGGGACUGCCGUUGACUGGUUUCAUGGAUCGAGGGAUCGGUAAGGCGGCCUGUCCAAACGCCGGAAGGCAGUUGAAGGAACCAGCAAUGAUACACGUUAUCCCAUACCGUCUCUAUAUGAAGACACGGUAAUUGUCAUCAAUAAUAGUUAUGUAUUCAAGGUUAAAUAUUCAUACCACUGUAGUUAAUUUAAUUAUCGCUAAAACUUUCAAUUAAAUUUUGCGGUAUUAAUUCGCCUGCGUAGUGUCUCAGGCAUCCGUCGACCAUGUGCUAUCCUAACAAUUGUUUUUCUUCACAUAUAGGAAUCAGCCGUCGAGUAGGGGCCUUAUUGAACGCCUAAGUGAAUGGCAUAACAUAUGUCACUAUCAAUGUAUACGCAGUUCACUGACAUUUACUGCGAUUGUGCAUAUUUUCCAAUUGCUUUUUAGUGUCUGCAAUAAAUAUAUCAUUCACAUGCAUUUGCGUCGUCUGCACUGUGUCCGAUUUUGAGUGCCGACUAGUGGAUACAUAUACGACGGGGUCAUCGGGAGUACUAUGCAGUACGUAGCACUCCACAGUCUCCGAGGCGUUUUGGAGUGCAACAUGCGGGAACGCUGAGCCACUGCGCCUCAGGUGAUUCACCAUACAGAUUUUUUAAAGGGGUGCCAAAAGUGAACGAAAAGACGACGUUCCCUGCGCACUUUUCUCCUUCGACGGGACUAGACGGUGUCGUCGCGUGGAGCACCCCUCCACAGUCUCUUUCGUAGCUCCACCAAGUCCUUACAUAGGCCCCUCCGACCCCGCCAUCUUUGAGGAGCCUCUGUGAGACUGGUGCAGGCAGAGCAAUUUAUUUGUCCAAGCUAUUGACUGCAGUCCGGCAAUCUUAUGGUGCGGAGAUACAGGUGCCUACUUUAAUGCUUUCAAGACGGCCAUUACUUCCUAUUCAAAUAAUUGACUGAUGUUUGCUGACUGUCGUGGAUGCUGCGCAUUAAGUCUCGGACUGCUGGCAACUCGACCUAUACUACCUUCCCCUCUUCACAGAUUUAUACUUGUGUCGUUCAGCUCGGAUAAAGUUUUUGUUCACGUUCUUGUGAAUGAGUACACGGAACUUACGUAAAGCUUUUUACCCUUAAACAACUUUGAACCUUAGACUCCAACUUAGGUUGUAGGGCGUUUCUCCAAGGUUGGCGGCACUUUCUAAUUGGUCUUCCUGUUCGAAUUAGGGUAAGUUCGGUCCUACUAACUGAUAUUAGACUUCCUUUCCGCUAAACUUACCCGUUCUUUCCAUUUUUGGAUUACAUCGCGGUCUUCAUACGUCUUAUCCCGAUUUCACUCCCCUUGUUUUACCGUUUUCGAUAUAAUACACGGCUCAAUUGAGGGUACUGGCCAAUUGGUGCCUCGACAGUAGUUUCUCCACCUUCCGCUACGUGAAGAUGACACCCAAAUUUUUUCACGGAGUAAAUCAUUCAAAUCACCGAUGACAAGACGACAUUAAAUUCGGACCGGCUUGAUUAUUUGUCCUCAUUUAGAAAACGGCAUGCCGAUCAUGCAUGAUCGACAGUUUGCAAACAUGUCCGAGUAGAAGACAACUGAUCAUAUAACAAAAGAUGUCAGAUUUAAGUACAGGCGAGGAAUGACGUAGGCAUAUCUUCUGCCCAAGGAAGUGAGGUCUGAAGGAACAUGAAACUUAUGGCGCGAUACUUCGUUGUUUGAAGACGAUGAUAUAGUGAUCUUUAUUAGUUUGUGGAAGAUAGAGUUAGGAGUUCCUAUGAUUAAGCUGGAACUGGAUGGAGAACACGCUCUAAAAUGGCGAAAAGAACAUAUGUGUGCCGAUUUCGGAGAUGCCGCCAUAUCGAGCUCUAUGCAUCUUGAUAAGUUAUGAUUGCCUGCCUGACCAUGGCCAUGUAGUUUAUCUCUUGCCUCCUCUUGGACUCCUUAAAUGGCGACUUUUUCAGAUGCCGGACUGUUGGUGGCAAUAGUCCAAAAAUGCCUUUGAAUUGGGUCAAAUUUAUUGGACCAAGUUUUGUGGAGCAUUCAGGUGUUUACUUUAAAACACGCGGUCAGCAUCUGCGUGCUGCUUCAUAUGCCUUUAAAGUCAGCGAAAUGCAAAUAAAAAUUUUGCAUUCAGAAAUGCUGCAUCUUAUAUACAUUGAGUGUUGCCGGCCCAACUCAGGUAUUACACAUCAUAUUCUUAUCAACCUAUGGGCCCACCCGUACCUGAGCCUUUUGCAUCUAACUGGCAGCAGUGUCACGCGCGACCAGACUUAAUUGAUCAUCCAUUCGGGUGAGUGCAGCACAAGCGAACCGAUCUCGGGCUUUUUUCGAGGGAUCACGCUUCAGCGAACUAAGCUAGUCGAUUGUGAUUUUUACAUUUUCACUAGCAUAACCCGGUCGGUUAGUCGGGCACAGAUUCGUCUGCAAAGCCGUGUCAGUAGUGCACCGUUGGCUGAGCCAACACUCAAGAGUUCUGUACGCAAUCCAGUUAUCAUGGUGGCGGUUUUAUCCUCCUCGUAACUUUUACUUGGCUUUGGGAUUUUUAUGACCGUAUUUUCCACCAUAAGCCCUUGUCAUUGACAGAAUUUUGCGCUGUGAUAAAUACCUCGCUGCCUUUCUAACGUAUGAUAAAACAAUGCAGCGUCGGUUUAUUCUACGCAAACACCAACCACUCAUGACAACAAAUAUUUAUGCAUGACAAUCGUAGAUAAAGUCCACAGCGUUUUGUGCUCUAUCUGGUCAGCCAUAAGUGUCUCUUCGUUGUAGACAACUGACUAACGCCUGGUUUACGGUUGAGAGGUUUACCUGACUCUUGAUUGAGUUAGCACUAGAAUACCAUGACUACGCCGAGUUUUACAACGACAACACUUUCAAGCCGAUGGCGGUUGUUUGCUCGAAAAUGCAAUACUUACUAAACGGUAACUACUGAAAACUUGAUCGUGAGCUCCAAAGCGCAAACCGCAUUGCGAGCCCAUUAAAUUAAAAUUAUUGCUAGUGAUUAUAUGAGUACGCGCAAGUAAGCAUACCAUUAAGGAUCUUCAAUGGAAUUAAAAAUGGACUAGUGUGCCCAUUCUCAUUGCACGUUCUGCUACCCAUAUCAAAAGUGGAAAUAAUCAUGCUGAUACUCAGCGAGCGGCAGACCAGACAUGAGUUCGCUCUGCAGAAAGGCCAGCGGCAAAUCAUACGGUUGUGUGGCUUUAUCUUAUUCCACAGCGUUUGCAUUUUCAGCGAUGUUAGCACGUGACCUUCGCUCUUCGAAGGCAUCGAGAAGAUUUCGGCUUCGUCAUCUGACCUUUUUAUAUCAGGAUAGGUAGCUGGUACGAGCUAGUUAAAGCAUUCCUACCAUCUAGGUUUCUUUUGUUAUCUACCCGUAUUUGCCUAGUUUUCAGUGUUUCGGGUGCUUUGUGUGAUCUGCCGCAAUUUCUUUCUCCGACCGAUUAUCGUCAAUCGGUCUGACCUUACCUCCUGGUUUUACAGAGGUUCGAAAUGUGUCAAAGCGAAUAGAAGGGCAUGUUAUACGUUUGUUGGACAAAAUUGGACAUCCACCCCCGAAAGAAUGGAGCCACAUUGAUUUUUCCGACAUUUUUGCCGCCACCCAGUUUACACUCCAAAAGUAGAAAUAUCUGGCCUGUCAGACUUUUCCUCCAUCAGUUGGUUUUGGGUUGCUAUCAUAUUACCGAUUGCGAACCUCUAACCGGACAAAUGCCGAAGCAGAAGUUUUCAGCCUUUUAACUCGUAAUGCAAUCGCGAACAUUUCAGUCAUCCAUAAAGACGUGGAGUUCAUAUCCAGGGAAUUUGGUCAGUUAUUUCAUGUAGCCUACCGUUUUAUUUAUCAAAGAUCGGUACUUAAACGAUAACGGCAAAUAUGGUUCGUGUGUUUCUUCGUAAUCCAGUGUAGACGUACGAUUUAGGACAGCAGCAUUGACACCGUAAAGUCCCCAACUACUCGCAACACGCAUACUUAGACGGCAUUCGCUAUAACUGAUUCAGCUAACCUCAUAUUUUAAGUUCGCCGCUGCCUUAAUUUAUUGCCUCCCACUGCAGUCUAUCGGUGGCAGACCCUCGAGCAAAGUCGAACAGGCCAGCCACGGAGCGCUCGAUGUCGGGUUUUGUCACGACUACCAGUGCCUUCAGACUACCACCUCGACGUCGUCGUCCUUCAGCGCCAAGUUUACGUGAGAAGGCAUGAUGAAGGAUUUGGCGCAGCACAUAGUGGGGUUAUCGCAGUUGGCGAGUAUGGAGGGCCAGUUUGCUGGUUUUGUUUCAGUUUUGCUCUAUAGGUGUCCAUUGCAAACGCGUACGGACACAUUCGGAAAAUAAGCACGAGCAUUAUCGAUCAAGCACUUCCAGAUGGUUCAUACCUUAUAGGCAUACGGGCCACGUCUCUUCCGUAUAGGCGGACUGUUAUGGUAUAACCCUGCUGCACUCGUAAUUUGACCGAAUGACUGAUUUUAAACCAAACCCCAGAGGCUUUAAUUAAACUAGACUAAGUCGGGGACUGCCUGCUUGACCGAAUGUCGAUUUCACAUUUACAUCUCCCUUUGGCAGAAUGCGUAAGCAAUGGUCGCUUGUCAUACGCAGUAUUUUCCACACCUGACCAUCAUUCAAUGGAAAUAAUGCUUCGUCACAGCGUCCGCCGGUCACCACACUGGUGCCUUGACGGCUAUUAAACAUCUGUUUGCUUGGAGGUUGUCCAUGAUCCGGGCCGGUUUCGACUAAAACAGACGUAGUUACCGGAUUUUGCGAGUCUUUCAUACUUUUACUUAGUUGGACGCUUAUUCAGUGGGAUAAUAAGAAGAUACUCUCUGCCCUAAAGACGCUUACAGGUCUGGCUUUGGCCUUCUCCUGUCAUGCAAAUUUCUGCACCAAGAUUGACAUCUGUACAAACUUGCAUUUUGAAGGGUUUGACUGUGUUGCUCAUGUGACGAAGUAGAGGAUUUGAAGGGGUCGUAUGUAUAACAUAUCAGGCAGCGUGGUAUUACCGACAAAGCGCCACUGUGCGGCUGCUGGUUGGGCUCGAGAGAGAGCCUCUAAGGCACAACGGGACGAGUCAGUUCCUAAGAAACGAUCGAUGAGCGCUCAUCUCUACCAUACCAGACAGACUCUAUUAGGCCCAUGUAUUUUGCGCUUAUUUGUUGCAAAAAAUUGGAAAAGGAGGCAUCUUUGUUGUGCAAAGCGAAAGUAGACGGUUAUGUAAUGUGAAAGAAUAGAAUUCUAAAGGAGGCAUGAGUCAUCACUGUGAACAUAUUUCCUCUCAUUGUAUAAUGGUUAUUACUUUUUAGAAAGAUUUGCAGGCGCCAGUGUUUCUGUCAAAUUCAAACCCUCCUUCGUCGGCCUGA